GCCGCCGGAGAUUCCCUGUGGAUAUGAAGACUUUGGCCAUCGCUGUCGCCCUCGUGGCGUUUGUAGGAGUCAGUGUGAGCGGAGAUCCUGAAGCUGAUGCUGAGCCCAGCCGCUAUGGAGGCGGCUUUGGAGGCCAUGGGGUAGUGUCCUACAGACCCGUGUACAAUAGCUACGGCUACGGACGCUGGAAGAGGAGUGCUGAGCCUGUAGCUGAGGCUGAGGCUGAUCCCGAAGCCGAUCCUUCCCGCUUCGGAUACGGGUAUGGCGGCUUUAGUCACGUGUCCUUCAGGCCCGUGUUCAGCAGCUACGGCUACGGACGCUGGAAGAGGAGUGCUGAACCUGUAGCUGAGGCUGAGCCCGAGGCCGAUCCUUCCCGCUUCGGAUACGGGCAUGGCGGCUUUAGUCACGUGUCCUUCAACCCGUAUACAGCAGCUAUGGCUACGGACGCUGGAAGAGGAGUGCUGAGGCUGAGCCUGUAG